AACACUAAAGCCAUGCCAAUGUUUAGUAAAUGUUCUCUGCACAGUGGAUUGCUUCAAGUCAAAUAUUUUACCUCAGAAGAUCGGUGUGGUCGUCUCAAUCUAGUGAUCUGUCUUGAUAGGGAGCUCGGUUGCUUUUGAGUCACGGCCACAGUCCCGCAUUGCGGCCUGCUCCGGUUUAUACAGUCAAUAAUACGAAAUCGUGUGCUUUUUGAUCAUUUCUCCUCAAUGUGUAAGUUUAUCUCGGGAUUAUCGUGAGUGACAGGUGUCGUGUGUUUGUGUUUAAGCGCGCGUGAGGCUGGAGUCAGUUGUCAAACAUUGACCUGACUGAUGUGUGAUGAAUCUGACGAUCAUUAAGAUCUACAUCUGACAGAUUUGAAGGUUUAUUAAACAUGAGGCCACGCUGAGAUCCAGUUGAAGUCUCGGUCAUGUACUCAGAGUGGAGGUCAUUACACCUUGUGGUCCAAAGUGAUCAGGGCCACCUGAGUGUGUUGCACACUUACCCGACGGGCGUAGGGCGUGAAGUGGCAAAUGCAGUGGUACGUCCCCUGGGAAAUAGCCUCGGAGGCGCACCGUCUGAAUGCCUCCUGAAAACUGACAAGGAGGUCAAAUGGACCAUGGAGGUCCUGUGUUACGGCCUGACGCUCCCGCUGGAUGGAGAUACGGUGAAGUUGUGUGUGGAUGUCUACACAGACUGGAUAAUGGCCCUGGUUUCUCCAAGAGAUUCCAUACCACCGCCCAUCAUCAAAGAACCCAAUCUCUAUGUUCAGACCAUCCUCAAACACCUGCACAACCUUUUCCUGCCCAGACCAGAACACUUCAGUCUGAUGCACUUUAAAUUGUGUCAGCAAGUGCUAUCUGCCGUGCAGAAGUUGGCGCGGGAUUCGCCCGGUAUGGCCAGAGAGACCUGGGAGGUGCUCCUACUCUUCCUGCUCCGCAUCAAUGACACGCUACUGGCCCCGCCCACUGUGGGAGGUGGAAUAGCAGAGAAGCUAGCAGAGAAGUUGAUCAGCGUGUUGUUUGAGGUUUGGUUUCUGGCCUGCACGCGCUGUUUUCCCACACCACCCUAUUGGAAGACGGCACGAGAGAUGCUGGCCAAUUGGAGACACCACCCACCUGUAGUGGAGCAGUGGAGUAAAGUCAUCGCCGCUCUUACAUCCAGGUUGCUGAGGUUCAUGUAUGGCCCGUCGUUUCCUCUGUUUAAAGUGCCGGAGGAGGACGCUAGUCUCAUCCCAGCUGAGAUGGACAAUGAUUGUGUGUCUCAGACGUGGUAUCGCUUUCUGCACAUGCUCAGUAAUCCUGUGGACCUGAGCAAUCCUGUUAUAGUGAGUUCCACUCCAAAGUUCCAGGAGCAGUUAUUGGGAGGUAACAGUGUCCCACAUGAGGUCUUGCAGCACCCCUGCCUCAAACAACUUCCUCAGAUCUUCUUCAGAGCAAUGAGAGGAGUCAGCUGUCUCGUUGACGCGUUCCUCGGUAUAUCUCGUCCACGGUCAGACAGUGCUCCGCCCACCCCUGUUAACCGGCUCAGUAUGCCGCCGCCCCCGACCACAACCAACACUACACCCCCUCACAACCGCAGGCACCGCCCUACUGCUGUUGUCAAGACGACCAGCAAAGCUUCAUCGACCGGCCAAACCAAAGUGUCACAACAGCCGUCUACGUCACCUCUCUCCAGCCCAAACCAGACGAGCUCAGAGCCUCGACCGCUACCCGCACCGACCCGGCCUAAAGUCAAUAGCGUGCUGAAUCUGUUUGGCCAAUGGCUGUUUGAUGCUGCGCUGGUCCACUGUAAACUUCACUCUGGUCUGAGCAGAGACAGCAGUAUGACGGCAACAUUUUUCCAAAUUCUUCUUUCUUAUAAAUCUUCCAUGGCGACUCAAGCUGGAGUUGAACUGAGACGUAAAGGUUCUCAGUUGUCCACAGAAUCCAUGGUUUCCAACCCCAUGUUUGAUGCCAACGAGUUUCCUGACAAUUAUGAGUCUGGUCGAGCUGAAGCGUGCGGGACGCUCUGCAGGAUCUUCUGCAGUAAGAAAACUGGAGAGGAGAUUCUUCCCGUCUACCUCUCCAGGUUCUACAUGGUGCUCAUUCAGGGUCUUCAGAUAUCUGACUUUAUCUGCAGGCCGGUUCUGGCCAGCAUUAUCCUGAACUCCUCGGCUCUCUUCUGCGCCGAUCUCAAAGGCAUCAAUGUUGUUGUUCCAUACUUUAUAUCUGCACUGGAAACCAUACUACCUGAUAGAGAGUUGAGCAAGUUUAAGUCAUACGUGAAUCCCACCGAGCUGAGGAGAGCGUCCAUGCACAUCCUCCUCUCCAUGCUUCCUCUUCCUCACCAUUUUGGCAACAUCAAAUCAGAGGUUCUUCUGGAAGGGAAAUUCAGUAAUGAUGAUAAUUCCACCCAUGACAAGGCAGUCACCUUUCUCUCCCUCAAGCUGCGAUUGGUCAAUAUUUUGAUUGGCGCCCUACAAACCGAGACAGACUCGAUCAAUACACAGAUGAUACUAGCGGCGAUGCUCAAUAUCGUUCAGGACUCUGCGCUUCUGGAGUCUGUUGACUCUCAGGCUGAAGUGGCCAGCGUGGAUGGAAGUCAUUCUCUUGCCAAGAGCCACAGUCGCAAUAACAGUAACACGAGCGCAGGCAGCUCAGACGCCACAACCCCAGACAGUGACCGACCCGCACAGGCCCUGCUCAGAGACUAUGCUCUUCACACAGACACGGCCGCUGGACUGCUGAUCCGCAGUAUUCACCUGCUCACUCAGAGACUAAACUCUCAAUGGAGACUCGACAUGAGCAUCUCAUUGGCUGCUCUUGAACUUCUCGCCGGCCUCGCCAAGGUUAAGGUGAGCGUGGAGUCAUCUGAUCGGAAACGGGCCGUCAGCUCUGUGUGCAGCUACAUUGUGUAUCAGUGCAGUCGGCCGGCUCCGCUUCACUCCAGAGAUCUGCACUCGAUGAUCGUCGCUGCUUUUCACUGCCUGUGUGUGUGGCUUACCGAACAUCCCGACAUGCUCAACGAGAAGGACUGUCUGAUCGAAGUGUUGGAAAUCGUCGAGCUCGGCAUCUCGGGCAGUAAAUCCAAAACGGGUGAUCAGGAAGUGAAGUAUAAAGGAGACAAAGAGCACAACCCCGCGUCCAUGAGGGUGAAAGAUGCCGCGGAGGCCACGUUAUCAUGUAUAAUGCAGGUACUGGGGGCGUUUCCGUCUCCUAGUGGCCCCGCCUCCCCCUGCAGUCUGCUGAAUGAAGACACGCUGAUUAAAUAUUCCCGACUCACCUCGUCAUCUCACAGUAACUUCAGAUACUUCGUCCUGGAUAACUCGGUCAUCCUGGCGAUGCUGGAGCAGCCACUCGGAAAUGAGCAGAACCCCUGUCCAUCAGUCACUAUGUUAAUCAGAGGCAUGUCCGGUCGUCACGCGUGGACAAUGCAGCUCUUCCAUCAGCCCAGAGGAGCGAGAGCCAAUCAGAAACAGGUGUUUGUUCCUGAAAGUCGCCCCACUCCCAAAAACGAUGUAGGAAUUCGAUUUAACAUCAAGCACAGACCGUUCCCGGAGGAAGUGGAUAAGAUUCCGUUCGUGAAGGCCGACCUGAGUAUCCCAGACCUGCAUGAAAUUGUGAAUGAUGAGCUGGGGCAGCAGCAUGAUAAACUACGAGUUGUGAUGGGUAAGCAGAUGGACUAUGAGACGAAGCUGGAGCAUCACACGGAGGAUCUGUGGAGAAACAAACCCUAUCCUGAUCCUCUGACGGACUGUAAACCUCCUCCUCCUGCUCAGGAGUUUCAGACCGCUCGACUCUUCCUCUCACAUUUCGGCUUUCUGUCACUGGAGGCGCUCAAGGAGCCUGGCAACAGUCGUCUGCCUCCUCACCUCAUCGCUCUCGACUCGUCUGUUUCUGGAUUUUUUGACGACAUCGGUUACCUGGACCUGUUGCCAUCCCGGCCAUGCGACACCGUUUUUAUCUUCUACAUGAAAGCCGGACAGAAAAGCAGCCAAGAGAUCCUGAGGAACGUUGACUCCUCGGCUAGCGUUCAGCCUCAUUUUCUGGAGCUGUUGUUGUCUCUUGGCUGGCCGGUUGAGGUCGGGCAGCAUCCCGGAUGGACGGGGAGCGUGUACACCAGCUGGACCAUUAACACGCCAACAGAACCUGCAGAAACACCAGAUGACUGUGUGACACUGAGCGACACGGGCGGCAGCAUUUUUAAUGGAGAAAAGCAUGUGCUGUAUUACGCCGAUGGACUGACAGAAAUCGCGUUUGUCGUACCAUCUCUGAGCGACUCGUCUGCCGAGUCAUCAGAGAGCAGUUUCCCCACCGCAGACUCAGAUUCACAGAUGGAGCUGUUAUCCAGUUUAGUUAAACAACACAGCCUCACACUCGAGCUCUACCCCAACCACUCGGACAACAUGGGACCGACACAACGGUCCCCUACAGCGAAGAGCAGGAAGUUACCGGUGGGGAGGACAAUACCUCCAUUAGGACCAGACACCAAAGUGUUGGUGGUGUGGGUUGAGCGAUACGAUGACAUAGAAAACUUCCCUGUAUCAGAAUUACUGGCAGAGACGAGCACAGGUGUGGAGACCACAGCCAACAGCACUGCGUCCAGGUCCAGCUCUUCAGAGAAGGACGUUCCUAUAAUCUUCAUCCACCCGCUGAAGACCGGCCUGUUUCGAGUCAAACUACACGGCGCUGUGGGUAAAUUUAACAUGGUCAUUCCUCUGGUGGACAACAUGGUCAUCAGCAGAAGAUCACUCGGGUUCCUGGUGCGACAGACUGUUAUAAACGCGUGUCGAAGGAAGCGUCUUGAAAGCGACUCUUACAGUCCUCCUCACGUGCGACGGAAACAGAAAAUAGCCGAAAUCGUGAACCGUUAUCGUAACAAGCAGCUGGAGCCGGAGUUUUACACCUCGCUGUUUAUGGAGGUCGGUGAGAAGAGCCUGAAUCCAUAAACACACAAAUGAGUUUAUCAGCUCCUGUGACGAUGGAUGAGUUGCAUUUUUCAUGUCGAUAGGCCAAAUACUUGCUGAAUUCUCACUAAACUUGACAAGAUGCAUUUUAAUUUUUUCUUUAUUUUUUUCUUUUCACUGGGUGAAUCUCAUAUAAACAUGUCCAGCCCUCAUUUCUCUGAAAUGAAACAUUUAGAUAUUUUGCGUAUAGAUAAUAAAGCCUGUUUUAAGGUCAUUACUGUAAUGCUUCCAGAUGUUUUACCUCUUUGUUGUAAUAUAGCAGUUUUUUUAAUGUGAUGUUUCUUUUAUUUAUUACCAUCAGCAUAACAUUAGGGAUGUGCAACAAAUGCUUCAUGAAUAUCUUGUUGUCACAGGCUCACAGUAUAAAAAUCUUUAUAGGAUCAUAAAAUAGAUUUAAUUUUCUAUAUGCAAAAUAUGAGUUUUGUUUUUGGGGGAACGGGUGAAAUAUGAGCUGGGCAUGUGGUUGAGGAUUCAUUGCUGUACCUCACAAUGAUUAUUUUCCUCAUGUUUUAGCGUAUGUGUCAGUACCUGGAAGUGUAAACUCAUCCAUAUAAAGCACUAUUACAAAUGAACACUAAAAUCAAUGUUGUCAACAAAAAUGAUCCGAUGCCAGUAGCUUCCGUCCUUUCUCCAAACACACACAGAGGUUAUGCACGUGUUUCUUAAAACACAUCUUCAUGUCAUGUGAUAGCUGAGAUUCACAUUCGUUCUGAGAAAUUAGCUGAAAUGAGCAUUAUCUCAAUCAUCGUGAGCUCUUCAGAGGGCUUUUGCUAUAAACAGACAAACUAAAUACAGCGUUUUCUGAAGUGCUUCUGGUUUUUCACUUUUCAUUUGAAUAACAUUAUAAGGGCUUGUCAUUUAUUGGAUCUGUAGUUUUGUGUUUAAUAUAUAUAUAUAUAUAUAAAGUUUUGUUUUUAUACAAGUUUCUGCUGGAUGUCAAAAACACUGUUACACACAUUUCGUUUUUCUGUAUUUUCAUUUCUUUCUUUUUUAUUUGUUUGGGUUUUUGGACUCAAACGACACUGAAUUCAUCUGAACUGACACUUUGACCUGCUCAGCUGUUGUGUGUUGGAGAUUUAUAUGCUUUAAAGAUAUUCAUUUGCAGGUGUUUUUAACCCUAUAGAUUGUCACUGUUCCCGGUCCACUGUUUUUAUUGUUUGUUAAGUUUUCUAUCUUAUUAUUAUGCCUUUUCCGUACAGCACAUCUUGUGUCAUAAAAGACAAUUUCCCAGUUUUGAUUUGGUUAUUCAUCAUGACAAAAAACUCAAAUCAUUCUCUAUUAAAACGACAUUUCUUUGUUUUUUAAGAACAAAACUGUGUAAAGAUCUACAUGCAGCCUAGAGGAUGUUCAUGUGAUUGGUCGGGGGCGUGGCUUUCCUCUAUCCAUGUGUAAAUAUUGGCGGCAUGGACUUUGUAUAAAGUUGGACUUUCUAUGUAAAUAUGCGGGUGUGAAGUUCAGCUCACUCAUCUCUUUACUAUUGAAUAGAGACAGCACAGAGGAAACAAAAGCUUGUUUGUAUUUAUGCCUCAUAUAUGUGUCCAAAAGAAACAUUGAAUAUUGAAUGUAACACAUUUAAUGAAAUAAAGAUUUUAAUUAAAUUCUUAUCAUAAAAUUG